CUUGUUCAAGCUUAGUCUUGCAGAAACCCAACCAAGAUGAAGUUUGGCAAGGAAUUUGCGGCUCAAAUGGUGCCGGAAUGGCAAGGGGCAUACAUGGAUUAUGAUUAUCUCAAAACCCUUUUAAAAGACAUUCAAGCUUUCAAUCAAAGAACUAAGCAACAGCAAUCCGUCCCACAUGGAUUGAAACGAAAUCUGUCCAUGUACAGAGCUUUCAGUGGGCUGUUGGUUCAUAGACAUGGUCAACAUUCCGUCGAUCCGACGUCGCCGGACGUCGAAGAGCAUCCCAUUUUGGUGAAUUCCGUCAACCGGAACGGCUCACAGAAGUACGAGACGACGUUCCUUAUGCAGGGGGAGAAAGGUGGAGAGUACGAACUGGUGUACUUCAGAAGGCUGGACGAUGAGUUCAACAAAGUGGACAAGUUUUACAAGUCGAAGGUGGCCGAGGUAACGCAGGAGGCUGAGACCCUGAACAAGCAAAUGGAUGCUUUAAUUGCUUUUAGAAUCAAAGUGGAGAAUCCUCAAGGAUGGACGUGGCAAGACCAGUCCGACGACAUGACUCGUCUCGCCUCGUCUGUAGAAGCAUCAACCGCUGUGCUGGCGGCUACGACUCCGGCCGGUGCUAGAGCAAGCGGCAGAAGAUCAGUUGAGCACAUGGAGAUCAUCGAAGAAGGGCCGAGCGUGCACGAUGAUUCGGACGAUGAUAAGAAAGAUACUGCAAAGCAAGAUAUUGAAGCGCAAAACAUUGAAAAACCAGUGGUUGGUAAUAAGUUAAAGGAACAUAAACCAACUCCGUUGCAGAUACUGGACCGUGUUAAAAUGAAUAACACACUCGCUACGCCUCGAUCCACCAUUAAAGUGUUUCUAAAUAUUCCUAAGCAGUCUGAUUUGAAGUUUAACAUGGAAAAUCUGAAGAGAGUUGAGAAUAAACUUAAGCGAGCUUUUGUUGAAUUCUACCAGAAACUUCUCCUCCUCAAGAGUUACAGCUUCUUAAAUACAUUGGCUUUCUCAAAAAUCAUGAAGAAAUAUGACAAGAUCAGUUCAAGGAAUGCUUCGAAAUCAUACAUGAACAUGGUGGAUAGUUCUUAUCUAGGUAGCUCCGAAGAGGUUACGAAACUUAUGGAAAGAGUUGAGGCUACAUUCAUCAAACACUUUGCAAACUCGAACCGCAGCAAAGGAAUGAAUAUUUUAAGACCAAAACCUAUGAAACAAAGACAUACAACAACAUUUUAUACUGGCUGCUUUGCUGGAUGCGGAUUUGCUCUUGUAGUAGCACUUAUUUUGAUCAUUCGUGCUCGGCAUUUAUUGGGUCAAGACGGAACGGACCAGUACAUGGAAACCAUGUUCCCUCUUUACAGUUUAUUUGGAUUCAUUGUUCUGCAUAUGGUGAUGUAUGCCAUCAAUGUAUACUUUUGGAGAAGGUAUCGAGUUAACUAUGCCUUCAUAUUUGGUUUCAAGCAAGGAACAGAGCUCGGGUACCGGGAAGUGCUCCUUGUAAGUUUUGGCCUUGCAGUAAUGGCACUUGCUAGUGUGCUCUCUAAUCUUGAUAUGGAGAUGGAUCCCAAAACUAAUGAUUAUAAAGCAUUCACCGAAAUCGUCCCUUUGAUCUUGGUGGUGGUGGUAUUUGUCAUACUGUUCUUGCCAUUCAACAUCCUAUUUCGAUCGAGUCGUUUCUUCUUCCUCACUUGUUUGUUUCACAGUUUAUUAGCCCCUCUUUACAAGGUCAGACUUCCGGAUUUCUUCCUGGCAGACCAGUUAACUAGCCAGGUUCAAGCAUUUAGAAGUCUUGAGUUCUACAUUUGCUACUAUGGUUGGGGAGAUUUCAGACACCGAGAAAACAGCUGCAAUAGCAGCGAUGUUUUCAACACUUUCAGCUUCAUCGUCGCUGUGAUUCCUUUCUGGUCUCGCAUGCUUCAGUGCCUGCGUCGUUUUUUCGAAGAGAAAGACACCUUGCAAGGUUACAAUGCAGGGAAAUAUUUCAUCACCAUCGUAGCCCUUUGUUUAAGAACUGCAUACAGUCUUAACAAAGGGUUGAGUUGGGAAAUAUUGGCUCUCAUCUUCUCGGUGGCUGCCGCCGUUAUAUGUACUUACUGGGACCUUGUCUACGAUUGGGGACUUCUUCAACGCCAUUCUAGGAACCGAUGGCUGAGAGACAAACUCCUUAUACGGCGAAAAAGUGUAUACUUUGGUGCCAUGGUCCUGAAUGUUCUGCUGAGAUUUGCAUGGUUGCAAACAGUGUUCAAUUUCAAGUUAUUUGAUUUGCAUAGGCAAAUCAUGAUCACCAUUGUCGCCAGCCUCGAGAUAAUCCGGCGAGGGAUGUGGAAUUUCUUCAGGUUAGAGAACGAGCAUUUGAAUAACGCUGGCAAGUAUCGAGCAUUCAAGUCGGUGCCAUUGCCUUUCGACUAUCAUGAAGAUGAAGAUAAGGAUGAAUAGAUAGUAUAGAAUUCAAUAAGGAAAAUAUACAAGCGGAAGUAGUUGUAGAUGUUGGG